UCAGCUUCUGCAAUAUUUAGACUGAAGUUAAGAUUUAGUUCUUAAAAUGACGCAGUAAAUUUAUGUUGUGUUGUUAUGUUGUGUGCACAAAAAAAAAAAAAUAACUGUGUAUGACUAAAUAGUGUUAACGCUAAGUAUAAUUUUAAGUAUAGUAUAUGUAAGUGAAUCUGUGUGAAGACGAAAAAAGAAGUAGUCAAAGUCCAACAUUUAUGUUUGAAUUGCAUUUUAUGGUUUGUUUAAAAGAACAGUUAUGAAAAGAAAGUUAUAAUUCAAAGAAUCACAAAAGUAAUAAAUUAUAUAAAGAGAAGUAAAAAGAGUAAAUUAAAAUUAAAAAAAAAAAAAUAAAUAUUGUACACAUACACGAAUAUACAUACAAACAUAUGUUUGUAAGACACAACAAUAAAAAUAGUAUGUAGAAAUGUAGAGAUAAAUGAUAAAACAAAUUAAAUAUCAAAAAGUUAGUGACAACCUACCACCAUCCGAAAAUAAAGAAAAUUUAUGUUAAAAAAUCUUUAUGUUUUUUUUGUGUUUUUUAAUUAAAGAAAACCGUCAAAAAAGAGAAAAUCAUAACAAAAAAAAAAAAUGAAAGAUGUGUAAAAGCGGUAAAGUGGCCAAAUUUAAUUUUGCUGUUUUUUCUUUUCUUUUUUUUUUUAAUUCAUUGAUAAAUAAAUAAACAAAUAAAAACGCAAAAAAAAAAAAAUAUUAAUUAAAGCGAAAAAAAAUUGUAUAAAAAAUUAAACGAAAAAGAAAUACGAAGAAAAAAAAUGUCUUUUAUCAAUUAUGCAAUACAAGAUAUUCAACAUAACAGUAACAGUAUAAGUAGUAGUAAUAGUAACAGCAGCAGUAAUAAUAACAGUAAUUGUACAACAAAACGAGAUAAUCGACCUAAAAGUGGUCUAAGUUUUAGUGUUUCUGAUUUACAAAAUAUAAAACGUUUUGAAAAUGGUGAAUUUUCAGAAGCUAAAUGUCCAUCAUGUCGAAUGUUUUUUGAUAAAGGUAAAAAACGUAAAUUAAUUGAUGCAUGCGGUCAUGAACGAUGCUAUUCAUGUAUAUUUCGUGAUGAUAAUUGCCCAAUAUGUGCUUAUAAUUUACAAUUAUUAGAUAAAAAUAAAUCAACAAAUGAUUAUGAUACUGGUAUCGGUGGUUCAACAUCAACUAUUGUUAGCCCAAUUGGUUCACCGCAACCUCAAUUCAAAUUACGUAGUAGAUUACAAGGUGUUAUAGCGAAAUCAUUUCAGAAUAAAGAAUCAAAUAAUAGCGAUCAAUUGAAUUCGAAUACAAAUAGUAGUGCCAAUAGUAAUAGUAAUAUAAAAAGUUCAUCUGGGAAUUCAAAUUCAACAACACCACAAAGUAGAAGAAAAUUUUUUAAUUCAAAAGCAAUUAAAAAUACAUUUGGUAGUCAUAGUAGUGGAAUUGGUGGUCAUAGACGUGCAGCAUCAAGUGGUAAUAGUAAUGAUAUUACUAAAAAUCUUGGAACAUCAGGUGAUGCAAAUUUACUUGAAACAUCAACAUGUUCUGAUUCAGUUGUUACAAGAAGACGAAAACAAUUAAUUAGUAAUUUAAAUAAUGGAACAAAUAAUGGUGGUGGUAGCAAUAGUAAUAGUAUCACAAAUAGUGGUAGUAGUGGUACCAAUAAUAGUUUCGGUAUUAGUAUUGAUAAUAAUCGAAAUCGUUUAAGUCUUGUUGGUACAUCAAUAUCACCUGGAAAUUUAUUAGGAAAAAUUAAAUCACUUUGGAAUGCUCAAUCUUGUUCUUUAAAUGCUGGAUUAAAUCAAUUAGCAGGGAAUAAAACAUAUCAAGAUGAAUUGCAAGGUAAAUUAACAUUUUUAUCAGACAAAUUGAUUGAUCAACAACAACAGCAGAAGCAGCAGCAGCAAUUACAACAGCAAAAUGAACAAGAAAAUCAAAAGAAUUUAGAUGAAAAUAUGAUUAAGUUGAAAAUAACAACUUGUAGUAAUUCUGAUCAAUCAAUUGGUGGUUUAACACAAAUAAAAUUUAAUGAAAAUGAAAAAUUAAAUACAAAUACAAUGACGACAGAUAUUAAUGAUAUGCAAGGAAUUAAUUCAAUUGGAUUUUUAUCACAAGAAAAUUUUAAUCAAAAUGAUAUUAAAAGAAGUUCAACAACAAAAGGAACUUUUCAUGAUAUAUCAUCAAAAAGUCGAAAAUCAAUAAUAAGACGUUGGUUAAAACCAUCAUCAGUAUCUUCACAAUCAAUUAAAGAUAUUGAUAAUCAUCGUAAUAAAACCAUUCCAUAUAAAAUGAUGAAAUUAAAUUUAAAACCAUUAUUCUUUGAGGUACCAUUACAAGAAACUGAUCCAAUAUUUAUUGGACGACAAUGGAUGUUACGUGAAUUAUCAAAUAUAUUAAUAUCAACUGAUACACCUGGUAUAUUAAUUAAUGGUAAUUCUGGUACUGGUAAAACAGCAUUUAUAUUACAAUUAGUUGAAUAUUCAUGUUUUGGACGUAAAAAAACUAUUAAUUUACCAGAGAAUGAUGGUAUUUAUUGUCAAAUAAAUAUUAAUAAUGAUCGUAUUAAAACAUUAGCAUCAUAUGUUGUUGCAUAUCAUUUUUGUCAAGUUGAUAAUAAUGUAACAUGUUUAGUUCCUGAUUUUAUACAUUCAUUAGCUGCACAAUUAUGUCAAGCACCACAAUUAAUUGCAUUCCGUGAUUAUUUAGAAAAUGAACAACAUUUACAAAAUAUAUUAGGUAUUAAAGAAUGUUUUGCUGAUCCGGAACGUGUUAUUAGAAUGGCAAUAUUAGAACCAUUAAUACAAUUAAAAAAUUCUGGUAAAAUAACAACAAAACAUUGUAUUAUAUUAAUUGAUGGAUUAUGUGAAGCUGAAUAUCAUAGACCAGAUCAUGGUCAUACGAUAUCAUCAUUUUUAUCAAAAAUAACAUCAUAUUUUCCACAAUGGUUAAAAGUUGUAUGUACUGUUAGAACAAAUAUGAAAGAACAUAUUAAAAGUUUACCAUUUACACAAAUAAAUUUAGAUAAUUUAAAUUCAAAUGAUUGUAUACAAAAAGAUAUAUUAGAAUAUUUAUCAUUUCGUAUAAGUCAUAGUGUUGAUAUACAAAAAAAUAUUGGUACAACCAAAGAGAAUUCAGUUGGUCAAAUGAAAUUUUGUAAUCAUUUUAUGUCAUUAUCAAAAGGUUCAUUUUUAUUUUGUAAAUUAGUUAUGGAUUUAAUUGAAAAAGGACAUUUAGUUAUUAAAUCAGCUAGUUAUAAAAUAUUACCGAUAUCAUUGGCACAAAUAUUUUUAUUACAUUUUAAUUUACGUUUUCCGACAACUACAAGUUUUGAAAAAGCAUUACCAAUUUUAAAUGUUUGUUUGUCAUCAUUAUAUCCGUUAACUUUAAAAGAAAUUUAUUUUUCUAUAUUGGCUUUAAAUACAGAAAUUAAUUUAGAUUGGGAUGAAUUUCUUGAGAGAUUCAAAUUAUUAAAUGGUUUUUUAGUACAUCGGUUAGAUAAUACGUAUAUGUUCUUUCAUCCGGCAUUAAGAGAAUGGCUUUUGAGGCGGGAUGAAGCAGAAUCAACAAAGUUUUUAUGCGAUUUUCGUAUUGGACAUGCUGCAUUAGCAUUUCGUUUAUCAAGAAUGCAAGCUCCUUUAGAUCCAGACAAAACUUUAGAAUUAUGUCAUCAUAUUUUAAAAGCACAUCUCUUUCGUAACGGACAAACAACGUUAUCAGCUCGAGAUAUACAAUCAUAUUGGGUUACAACAUCAGCUGAUUCGACCUCAGAAGCUCUCUGUACAUUAAGAAACAUCUAUAGCCCCAAUGUUAAAGUUUCGAGAUUACUAUUAUUAGCAGGAGCGUCAGCUGAUUAUGUAACAGAUUUCCUAGGAAACGCAACAAUUUUAUGUAUAGCUGCCCAUGAAGGAAUAGUGCCAAUGGUAAGCCUUUUAUUGGAAUUUGGAGCUAAUGUAAAUGGAACAAACAGUCAAGGAUGUACCCCAUUAAUAUUUGCUGCAUUAAGAGGUCAUUGUGACAUUGUCAGAUUAUUGAUUGCGGCUGGGAGUGAUGUCAGUCAAACUGAUACAACGCAACGUUGUGCUCUUGUACAUGCUGCGAGAGUUGGUAUGUCGAGCGUUGUGAAAUAUUUAUUGGCGUGUGAUUGGACAUAUAAAAAUUCAAGUUCAACAUCAAAUGUAUCUUUUACAAAUGCUUUGCAACAAUCUCUAAUAGCAGCCGCUUCAAAUGAUUAUUUGGGGAUAGUUGAAGAUAUUUUGGACACAGAUAAAAUAAAUCUUAAUGAUUACGAUACCUUAACUGGGGACACAGCAUUAAUCGCUGCCUCGAAAAAUGGAUGUUUAGAGACAGUUUCCGUUUUAUUGUCUAGAGGAGCAAAUGUUGAUGCUAAAAAUAAAUUAAGUCAAACAGCUCUAAUUCUUGCAAUUAAAGAGGGUCAUCUAGCUGUUGUUGAAAGAUUAAUACAAUAUGAAGCAGAUAUAGAACAAUGUGAAAAUGAAGCAUCAAAAACAUCUCUUAUGAUAGCAUCUGAAGAAGGUCAUUUAGAUAUUAUAGAAUUUUUAGUAGAGAGGGGUGUCGAUUUAGAACGUCAAGACAAGGAUGGUCUAACAGCAUUAUCAUGGGCAUGCCUACGGGGACGUUAUAAUGUGGUUAAAUUUUUAAUUGAUAAGGGUUGUCGGCAAGACCAUGUUGAUAAAAUUGGUCGUACUAUAUUAGAUUUAGCUGCUUAUCAAGGAUCAUCAAAUCUUGUACAAUAUUUAAUUGAAAAUGGUGCUAAAAUUGAACAUUUAGAUAUUAAUAAUAUGAGGCCAUUAGAUCGUGCUAUUGCUUGUCGCAACGUAAAUGUUGUUCAAAUAUUUUUGAAAAGAGGUGCAAAAUUAGGACCAGCAACAUGGACAUUAGCUGCUGGAAAAGUUGACAUUUUAGUUAUUUUAAUUAAUAAAUUAUUAGAAGAUGGUAAUUUCUUAUACAGAAAAAAUCGUUUUCAAGAUGCUGCAUAUCGCUAUCAAUAUGCUCUGAAAAAAAUGCUUUUCAUUGAAUUUCCAACCGAACAAAAUUUCAUUUUUAUUCAAUUAAAGGUUAAUUUAUUACUUAAUUUGUCAAGAAGUAAACGAAAGAUGAACGAACUUUCGGAAGCAAUUGAUCUCGCUACACAAGCUAUCGAAUUGAAGCCAGACAGCUAUGAAGGUUAUUAUGCUAGAGCUAAGGCAAAACUUGAAAAAAAUUAUAUAUAUGAGGCAUCAGCAGAUGCAAAAAGUGCACUGGAAAAAUCAAAAGCAGCCCCGGAUGACGUUAAAGAAAUUAUACAACGUUUUUACAAUGAUUUGAUAUCUCGAAAUUUAAGGCCAAAUAACUCAAAUGAAAUAACAGAUUUAUGAAAAUCAAAUGUUUAUUUCUCGAUCCGCUGAUUCCUAAGAAUAUUGUUUUAAAAUAGAUAUUGAAAAAACUGCUUUUGUCGUGCUUAACUAUUUUACUAAAUUGAAUACAUUUUGUUUGGAAGCAUACAUAUUUAUUUUUGUCUUAAAUUAUAAAAAAUUAAUUUGAUAAAUUGUAUUUAAUAAAAGUUUUAAUGUUUUAA